UCGAGGACUGGAGUUUGGCACUCGUUUUGUAGAACUAAAGUAUCUAACUUCAGGAGGAAAUAUUUGUAUUUUAUUUUUUUAGAUAUCAGAGUAUCUUUUCAUUUGCAAAAUGUUUGAUGUUGUGUCCAUCUGAGCUGUUACAUAAAAUAAAGUAAAAAGUACAUCAUAAAGUCACAAAAUGGGGGGGAAAACAUGAGGGGUUUGAAUGUUUUUCCUGUAGAUUGAAGAGUUUAAUCAAUUCAAACUUAAUUUUUAGAAGACCAACUUCUACAGUGUUAAAGUCAGUACUUACUGUAUAUUUAUAAUGAAAUUGUGACAUUAACUGUUUGCUAUUGCAGAGUCCUGACCGUAAGAAUUUUACCUCCCUUGAUUUUAAAAAAUGAUUCUUUUAAGCGAAAAUCACAAUGUGAGCAGCACUAGAUCACUUGACUUUGCGUCUGGUGAGAAGACAUCCCAGUUGCUGUUGAUCGUGUGAAUCUCUAAGGUGGUUUAAAAGAUUAGCAGGAGCUAAAGGGCAUAUUUUCUCACUUUGGUUUGACCCGGUUGAAGGAAGUAGAAAAUCCAGCCUAAAACAAAUAGGUAAGGCCAACUUUUUGUGUUCUCACGGGUGGCUCUAUAAAGGUGAGCAGGUAAUAAUGUGAGACUCAAAUCUUAGCUGGAGAGCCGUUACUGGCUAAAGCUAACGAGGCUUCGGCUAGCUAAAAUGAUAUUUGAAAUACGCCCGCGCUCAAGCUAACAGGCUAACCAAUUAGCUAAAAAUAUGCGAUAUUGUAAGUAGUUAUGAAUAAUUAACACGAUGUUGGUUCAGUUAACUUUGUUUUUAGGAUAAACACAGCGGUCAAGAACAACAAAAUUAAUUAUUGAAGCAAACUACUAUUCCAUUUCUUCUCUCUUUCUUCGCCAUUGUGCUUAUAAUCCCAACGUAUUUUGGUGGGUAGAUAUUAAACCCUUCUGCUUUUCGUCCUCAGAUAUACAUAUCAAUAUACAGGUUUUCUUGUAGUCUGGGAGUCUCAAAUCUGAUUUCGAAAUUUUUCAGGCUUCCUUGUGUAUGGAAAUAGCAUGUUAUUUGUAAUCGGCCAUUCGUACUUCAUCGAUCUGUCUGUUCACCCAUAAACCUGUCAAACCGUCCACUCAUACAUACAUAUAUAUAAUCAUACACUCAUAAAUAUAUAUAUUUAUCCAUUGAUCACCUAGCUGUCCAUCCAUCUGCUUAUUAAUUUAUGUUCCAGCUUCCAUAAAUAACUCAAUCCAUCCAUUCAUCCUUCCAUAGUCAAACAUACUAUAAGUACUAAAUAAAAUGUCUGGACCACUUGAGUUUCUUAACUUUCAACAACUUAACUUUUCAGAACUCAAAGUCAAAAUAUGUCUAUAAAUUUAUUCUUUUAUUUUGACUUGUAGUACAGAAGAGUGUCAAAGAACACAAAAGUGAGCAAAAGCAUUCAAAAAGAUACUGAAACAUCUCCAUUGCUAAAGGUCAUUACGCAGACUAGUCUGUGAACUGUGCAAAGGUUGGUCUGUCUCAAAUAAUUUGAUCAAUUCGGACAACUAGAGUCAGAUUGAUUUUGCCACUGAUUCAGAAAAUAGUCAACUUAAAUUACUGUAGUUAACCUGCUGUAUGUUUCUAACCUCUCUGUCCGUCUACUUUGCAUAGAAGUUGACUACGAUGAGGCAACUCGCUGACAGAACGAACAUCAAACCCAUACAGACCCCCAGUUCUCUGGAAGGCAGCCAUUCGGCGUUGGGUAUCACAGUGCCUCAGUGGAGCGCCCGCAUAUGUCUCCCCCUGCUCUCUGAGGAUAAAAGGGUGUUGUGGGUUCAUGCAAAUGAGGUUAACGUGCAGACGGAUAAAGUGGCGGAACUCGAAAAUGCCUUUAGCAGGUCCCCCUAUCUGACACGCAAACAGACUAAUGCUUUAGCCCAGCGCUGCUCCCUGCAUCCAGACCAGGUGAAGGUUUGGUUUAUAGCGCAGAGGCUCCGCUACGGCAUUAGCUGGGACUACAAAGACAUCAGGGAAAUUUGGAACAAGUUGAAUUCCAAUCGCAAAGAUAAGGAAGGAAAUGAGGAGUUCCAAGACAGGGUCAAGAACGACCAAGUAAAGAGCAAGAAGAUGUCUUUGAUGGAACGAAAAGUGAAUUGGAAUAUGGAGCAGGAGAGACCAAUGGAAAAAGAAACGGGUAGAAGAGUGAUAGAGGACGAAGCCGCCACUCCAGAUAAGCGGAGAACAAUUGGGGUCGUGUCGAACAGGAGAAGGAAAAGAAAGAAACGAGACGUCAAGUGGAUCACCGAUCAAGCAGAAACACUAGGGGCGAAAAUGGAUACAUCUGAGAAUGAGGAGCAAACAUCUAGCACAUGGGAAGGAGCAUAUGUCUCCAAGAAAAAAAGAAGAGUACACACAAAACUGAUCUCCAGCCCAGUUAAAAACGACUACGAGAAUCUUCUUGCCGAGGCUGAAAUCCCAUUUGUUGACUUUUCUUCCAUCGUUCUAGAGCCUCAAGCCCAAACCUCUAUCGCCAUUCCCAUAACAGAGAGCCAGGCAGACUUGCAGGGCAGAAGGAUGACUUCGCUGGAGAGCAGCUUGGAGGAGGACACUGACACACUGGCUUGUCUGGAGGAAGCUCUGUCUUCUGAACCAGCAAAGGAAAACAAUGUCGUCUCCGAAGUGGACGAACUAAAGGAGCUCGUUAAGGCUGAAAACAACUUUCUUACUGCGAGCAGUCCGACUGCUGGGACCAGUCAGGAGGAAGUUCUCUUGGCAGAAGGGGCAAUGCUGCGUCCCCGGAGCAGACUGAAGACUCAGUCUCAGCUGCUGAUGCUAAGGAGGGCCUUCCUGGAGUUCCAGUAUCCCGACGCUGAGCAGUACAGCAUGCUGACCAGGCUGGUCGGCAUACAGCGCCACCAUCUGGUGCAGUGGUUCGGUGACCGGCGUUACUCGAUGAAAAAAUCAAAACCUCGCUGGAUGACGGAGGAGCAGUACAAGGAGAUACUGGCCAACAUCAGGUACCGGCAAUACAAAAACAUCCUGCUAAAAGGACUGCUGAGAAAAACUGAAUGAUGGCGCGGCCUGGAUUAUUGCAGGCUGGGAAGGAAAGUGCAAAUAAGCCUCUUCUGACACAUGGACAGUUUGUCCUGUUGGGUUUUUAUUAAACGACUUGAGAAAAAGAUUUUCAUCAGGUCCUUUAAAUCUUUGUUUUGUUCUUAUACUUUCAGUUUUUGUGACCAAGUUUGUUCGCGUUGAAAUAUUGCAGCUGAGGUGCAACUUUGUUAGUGACCUUGUUUGAACUGUACAAAUAUUUUGGUUUUUUUUAUUAUACUUAUACUAUUAUAAUUUAAGUAAAAGUCGCUUUGAAUAAAAACCCCGAAAUAGUGAUUGUUUUUUUCCAACUCAAAAUUAUUUAUGCAUUCCCUUCUGAACACGGCAGAGCUAAACAAGUGUAGCAGAAAUGUACGUAUAUUUCAUUAAAAGACACAUAACCUUCAUGUUUCUUAAUCCCUGAUGUAAAUCCAACUACAUUUUUCCUGUUUUAGGUCAGUUAGGAUAACAAAAAGACGUUCAUAUUAUCUAAAUGCCAGAAUAAGAACAGAGUGAAAAAUUAUUUAGGGAUUUGUUAAGAUUUUAAUUACAUUAAAUUAAAGAUCUCAUUCCAAAUGUAAACAUGCCCUCUUGGUUUACUGAAAUAACAUUUUGACUAAAAUGAAUUAAAGAUUUGAUCAGUUACUUGCAUAUAAUUGCUACGCAUAUUUUUGAUUCAUUUAUGUGAAUGUUAACAUUUUUUAUUUGGUAAACUGACUUCAAGCAUCACAUUUCUAAAAAAUAUAUUUGACAGAUUGCUGGAAUUGUGGCACUUUUGGCCAUAUAUAACAAACAUUUACAAAGAAAAUCAACACAUAAAUAGGAAAUUUCAAGAAUAUUACAAAAAAUAUAUUACACAAAAUAAUUUCCAAAAAAAAUCAAAAAUAAUACAGCAUUUAUUUUCUUACUAAGCUACAUAGUGCUCCUCUAACUGUUGCUUUUGUUCCCUCCAACCUGUUUUUCAUUUUUAGGCUUAUGAAAUACUGUCAUGCCACAAAUCACUGUAAAUGA